AAAUGAGCCUUCAUACAGGUCACUUUGAGAACUAAGAAGCCUCCUCGGAACAGUACGCAUAUUGCAUGGAAAGAAGCGUUCGUAGACCAGGUAAUUCCAGCAACGUUGUUUCGACUAACGCGGUUAUUCGCGUUGAGGGGCAUGAUCUGCCCCACCAUAAAAUUCCAUGGCGGGGUGAUGGGUGCCUUCAACCUCGCUCAGAGCCAGGAAUCACGCUCCAGCCAUGGGCAAACCAAAGCGCGCCGUCUUGGCCGCGGCGCAGGAGUCACUGACGCCUCCCGGCGAGUUGACCGACACCCAGUUCGUCGCCCGCGUCGUCAAGGCCGAGGGCAACAGCCUCUACACAUGCGAGCUGCCCAACGGAAAGCCAAUCCUGGUCGAGCUCGAACCCAAGUUCCGCAACACCAUCUUCAUUCGGCGUGGCGGAUACGUGCUGGUUGAUCUGGCCUCAGCCGAGGAGCGAGCCAAAACCAGCAGAGUAAUGGGCGAGAUAAUCAACAUCGUGCGGGACGAGAAGGAGUGGCGGAAGCAGCCUUAUUGGCCAAAGAAGUUCGUCAAGAACACGUACGGCGAGGACGAGGACGAGGACUCGAACGUGGGCAAGAUGCCGCCUAGCGAUUCAGAACAGGAGUGAUGUUGCUCGAGCCCAAGGCAAUGUCAAAAAACCCAUACCGAUCACCGCAUCGCAGCCUCGUUCUUGGGUGCAGCCCUUCUCGGCUCCCAAUCGUAGCGGGCGCCCGUCCAUACAAGCGCCACGGUCAAGACCAGGACACCAACGACGGCACCGGAGCUGAGAGGUGUGCUGGGAUACACAUUCCACGCCCAUUCUUGGAUCGCCCAAAGGGCGUACUGAAAGACCGGGUGGACGCCGCUGCGCCAGAGGAGGAACGGGGUCG